AUGCAGGAUAUCCAGAUCCCGACGGUGACACCGGAAGAUCUCGUCAAGUUUCAGAAAGACCACUUUCCUAGCGCCCACCAAACGUAUCCACACCCACUUGUCUACCCCGAUAACGAAGAACAUGGUGAUGAAGAGGUUUACGAGGAAGAUGAUUUGGGAUACUACGAGGACGGCGUGAAGCGCACGCUGACGGACGAGCAAAUCCGAAUUUUUCGACAUAGCGAGAUCCAUAAUCUUUUGCGAGAAAGGGAGCGGCAGAGGGAGGAGACUGAAGAGGAAGAUAGGCUAUUGAAAGGGGAUGAGUCGAGUCCCGAACGUGAUGAUUCUCAGGGGGUUGGCGGUGAUGGCCUUGCAGCGAAGAUGAGGCCACAGAAGACCGCUCAGCAUAAUGCUGAGAAGCGGGAGAGAGAUGUUGAUGCCAACACUGAGCAUGUGGAACAGAAUGAGACGCUGGACGAUAAAGGCAGGGUUACGCAAAAAGCUAGGGGCCCUGUGGAUAGCUACGCGGGACGGAAAAUCGUCUCAUACUCGGAUGAUUGA